AUGUCAAUCAAUUAAGAACUUAGUUUUGAUUUUAAAUCUCAAGUCAAUUUUGAUACUGAUCCUUAAUCAUCUAAUUAUUCCAAUUUUGCUGAAAAAUGGUAAGAGAAAAUAUCAAGUCUUUAAUAAAAUAUACAAGAAAUGCAAUAAUAGAAAGAAGAUGUUAAAAAUGCUUUAAUAUAAGCAUAAUCAAGAAUCAAAUAUAAAAAGUCUUAUAUAGAUGAACCUCAAAUGUAAUAAGUUGAAACUAGAACACUAGAAACAAAUUAACCAAUUUAAAACACAUCAAUAAAUCAUCUACUAAAUGAAUCAAGUUAUAAUUAGGAAAUUCAAAUUCCUAUUAUUAACAUCAAAUAAUAACCUAUAGCAACAUUUCUAAUGGAUAUUAAAUUAAAUGAUAUCUAUUUAUAAAAUUUUAUAGACUUAGGAAUUUAUGAUAAUGUAAGUCUUUUGAAAUCAUUACCUAAUUAAAAUAAAUGCAAAUUUUUAUUAAAUAAAUAUGGCAUUGAUAGAUUAGGUUAUCAACGAAGAAUUUUAGCUAAAUUAGAUGAAGGUAUUUUUGAAUAUUAUUAUUAUUCUUAGAAAUGGGAUUAUUUUUAAAAAAAGGAUUACUGUUAAAUAUUGAAUACUGUUAAGAAUAAAUUCCAAAUAUGGAAGAAUGGCUUAAAUCUAUAAAUCAAUCAAAAUAUUAUCCUAAUUUUCAAUUAGCAGGUUAUGACAACUUUGCUUAUUUAAUUUAUUAGGAACAAAGUUAAUAUAAAUUAACUAUUCAAGAUUUUAAAGAUUCAUUUUAUAUUGAAAAUGAAUAAGAUAGAUAAUUAUUGAUUGCACACAUCAUUAUUAGUAAAAAUAUAUUAUUUAUGUAUUAGUUUGUGACAAAAUGAUGAAUUGUGAUUUAUGGAGUGUAUAAGGAAUAAAAAAGAAGUAAUAAUAAUCAGAUUUUAAUUUAAUAUAAUGCACUCUACCUUCUAAUUAAUGUUAAAUCUUUUGA